CUCGAGGCGAUAUCACAGGCUAAUUGAUGAAUCAAACUCAAGUACAGCUCGUGAAUGCAUUAAAUAACAGAAACUCAAAUCAAACACAAAUCAAAAUUUCAAAAUUCGAACUCAUAUGCUGCUUUCAACUAUAGUUGUUUGGCCUAAUAUAGUGUAUCACUAAACAGUAUGGCUGUUAAUGAACCAAGCCGAUCAUGAACGGCUGGGCGUCCGACUCGAGAAAAACUCGUUCGAAACUCGAUUCGUCUUAAUCGAGCCGGCUCGCGAACAAGCUCGUUAAAUAAACGAGCCGAACUCAAACCAUACCAUGUUAUGUUUGAAAGCUCGCGAACAAGCCCAUUUAACGUUUUGGCAUAAGAAAGUAUUAGAAUUCAUGGAUUUUAUGUAUUGAAAUUGGGAUAAAUGUUGUGUUUUAUUUUGGUAGCCUUUGCUACAUGUUUGAAUGUAAUUUUGUGCCCAGUUCUAAGUCAAUCUUUAGCUAAUAUGUACAUUUUAUGAGCUUAACUCGAUUUUGGGCUCGUUAAGCUUAUUUGAUGAGCCGAGCUCGAACUUUCAUUUUCAUAAACGAGCUCGAGCUUGCAUAUUAAAGCUCGUGACGAACACGAGCCGAGCUCGAGCUUGAAAACAUAUUAACGAGCCGACCCCGAACUAUGGCAAAACUCGACUCGACUUGGAUCAUCAACAGCCCUACUAAACAUGAAUAUCUUUACUUUAUGUCAAGAAUGAAAAAUCAACGUGAUAGGAGUGGAAAAAAGGUAGAGAAGAACAGGAGAAGUGAUUGGAUGACAAAAGAAUGAUAAGUCAAAAGGAGCUAAAGGACCGAAGAAGAAGUGGAUGGAUGGGUUGUCUGUCCUCAACUUUUCUCUCUUUUGAGUUUUGAGCUCGACCUCCCACCACUUUUUUCCUCCCCUUUCUUUAAAGCCAAACAUCCCCCGAGAGAAAAUCAAAUUUUUUUGAUUCCCUGCCCUCUCCUCAUCAAAAAGUUGCACGCGUUUCCAUUCCCCAAUUAAUAUAUUUACCCCAAUCUCACCCUCUCCAUUCUUUCUCUUUAAUCCCCCAAUUACCCAAUUUGAACAAACCCACCCCCUAAUUGAAUUUCCCUCCCAACUUCCCCAAUUCCUUCCCCAUUUAUUAAAAAAAAUAUUCGCAAACAAUUUCUUGCCCAUCCACACAUGUCUUUAUUUCCCCUUCCCCUUUUCAGUCGCCAUUGAAAUAGCUCCACUAACAUCCAUUCCAGUGACUUCUUAGCUUAUUCGUCCAAAGAGAAAAAUAUGGAUUCUUAGCACAUUCUUAUUCUCGACCAUGAGCUACCUCCGCUGCAAUGCCGAAUCCGCAAUCGCCGUCUGCGAUCCCUACAACUGGGAUCGCAGCCAGCCAAGGAGGGGAGGAGGGAAAAACAGAGUCGUCUCUGCCUCCAACAAUGCUGCUGCUGCCGCCGCGAGAGAGUUCUCCUACGCCGAACUAUCCGCCGCAACAGGCGGCUUCUCCGACGAUAAUUUCCUCGGCAAGGGAAGCCACGGCGCCGUUUUCAGAGCCGUGCUCGACGACGGCAAGCUAAUCGCCGCGGUCAAGCGGACGAACCAUCCCCGAAACCCGGAUCCAGCCUUCCGCAGCAACUUCGCCCCCGCCGUCGCCACGCCGGGGGAGAACGAGAUCGAGAUUCUCUCCAGAGUCCGCCACCCGGGGCUGGUCAAUCUAAUCGGCUUCUGCGCCGCCGCCGAGGAGCGGAAACUUCUCGUGGUGGAGUACAUGCCCAAUGGCUCGCUCCACGACCUGCUCCAUUCCGGCUCGACCAGGCGGCCACCCGGUUGGACCAAACGGAUCCGGUUCGCUCUGCAGGUGGCCAAGGCGGUUCACGCGCUUCACUGCUCCGACCCGCCCGUGAUCCACCGCGACAUCAAAUCCUCCAACGUCCUCAUCGACGGGAAAUGGAAGGCCCGGCUGGGGGAUUUCGGCCUGGCGCUGAGGGGACACGUGGAGGACGUCCGGGUCAGGUGUACUCCGCCGGCGGGUACGCUCGGGUAUCUCGACCCGGGAUACCUCGCCCCGGGGGAUCUGAGCUCGAAGAGCGACGUCUUCAGCUUCGGGAUCUUGCUGCUGGAGAUAAUCAGCGGGAGGAACGCAAUCGACGUGAACUUCAGCCCGCCUUCCGUCGUCGAUUGGGCGGUCCCGCUGAUCAAGCGGUGCGAGUUCGGGUCGAUCUGCGACGAGCGAAUCGGGGCCCCGAGCGACGGAGCCGUGAUUCGGAGUCUGGCCGUACUGGUGGCGAGAUGCGUGCGGUCGACGGCGGGGAAGCGCCCCGGGAUGGCGGCGGUGGUGGAGGCGCUGAAGGGGAUCAGGAAGAGAGCGGAAUCGCCGGCGAUUUGGAGACAGUUGAGGCGGCGCGUGGGGCGCGUGGAUGAGAUGGAGCCGCUGGAGGACGACCGCGACGCCGCCGCUGUUAGUAACAGCAUUGGCAGGGCGACAGUGAGGGCGGGAAGCAGGAAGACCAGGAAAGUGUCCAGCGUUUCAAUUGCCGAACACGGAAGCGAUGUGAUCGGAGAUGCGACGGCGGAGGGGGAGGAGGAGAGGGUGGUGUCCAGGUCGAGAUCGAUCGGUUCGUUUGGGGAGAUGAAAUUGAUGAAGGCGGACGAGUAUUACAGGCUGAACAAGGCUGCAGUGAGAACGUCGGGGAAGGGAGCUGUGAGAUUAAGGAAGUCGAGGUCGACGGGAGUACUGAACGGGCGGCGGCUUGGCCGGAAUAACAGUCGCGGCGGCGGUAGAAGCAGAGAGAUGGAUGUUUCGAUGUCGAAAUUGGGGAUCGGUUCAGAUGAGAAUAAGGGGCAGGAGAAGCCCCUCUUCUCCAUUGUUUUACCGUCCAGCUAGUUUUUCUUUUGAAUUACCUCUCAUAUUUGUAUUAUUUUUCACUUUUUUUUUAUCCGUAAAUGUUGAUAAACCUUUUGAGUUUUGACAUGAUUUGUUUUGGCCAAUUUUAAGUGAGGAAUUAUAGCCUUCCCAAUGAGUGUUGAAUGGGUUGCAAUUAUUAUGGGUUAGCAAGGUUUUACUACUCCAACCAAACAUGGUAAGCUAAAAGUGUGCUUAUUUUCCUUUGAAUGCAAGUCUUUAUAGUUAAAUCAUAAAUGGUUGGUUGUGUUUGUAUCUGUAUGUCCCAUAUUCAUCCCUUGGGAGCGGUUACGGUGCUAAUUGUAUAAUAGUUAGCACCGUCCUAACCAAGGGAAAAACUACUACUAGUUUGAAUUAAUAGUGAUUUAGUUU